CGAUCACUGCUCAGACGUUCGCCAAACUCGAAGGUGUGCAGACGACCUGGGUGAACACACAAAUAGUGCAAAAUGAGUCGUCUAUUAACCGUGUUUCUGGCGCUCUUCGCGAUCGCUGGCGGCUUUGGUGCUGUGAAUGCUCGUGAAGGUUACGGUCCUGGUGAUCAGGAUUGGGGCUUUGUGGAUGUGCGCACCGGAGCUCACAUGUUCUAUUGGCUGUACUACACCACCGCCAAUGUGACCAGCUACACACAACGUCCGCUUGCCAUUUGGCUGCAGGGAGGACCAGGAGCUUCAUCCACCGGCUAUGGCAACUUUGAGGAAUUGGGUCCCUUGACAUUGGAGGGCGUUCCUCGCGAAUGGACCUGGGUGAAGGACAUGAAUGUCCUUUUUAUUGACAAUCCCGUUGGUUCGGGCUUCAGCUAUGUGGAUAGCUCUGCCUAUUAUACGACAACAAACAAGGAAAUCGCCUUGGACCUGGUUGAGUUCAUGAAGGGUUUCUAUGCUCUGCAUCCGGAAUUCAAAACCGUUCCUCUGCACAUCUUUUGCGAAAGCUAUGGCGGAAAAAUGUCUCCAGAAUUUGCUCUAGAGCUUUACUAUGCCAUAGAACGCAAGGAGAUUGAGAGCAAUCUGAAAUCUGUGGCUUUGGGUGAUCCCUGGACAUCUCCCAUUGAUUCGGUGCUCGCCUGGGCACCUUUCCUGCUGCAGAUGGGCAUUGUGGAUCAAAAUGGACACGAUAGCAUCGAGUCGGCUGCCUUGAGGACCAAGAAUUACGUGGACAGGGGCCUUUGGACUUUGGCGACGAUGCAAUGGAGUUUGACGCAAUCGGUUGUGUUGCGUGAAUCGAAGGGUGUGGAUUUCUACAAUGUGGAGACUCCUACACGCGGCGAUGCCUACUCGAGGCAGAUGGCUUUGUUGACGCCCGAAGAACGCAUGAUUCGAACUUUGGUGCACUUCGACAUCGAUGAGAAUCGCGAUCAGAUGCUGUCGGAUCUGAUGACGGGUCCAGUCACCGCAGCCUUGAACAUCACCACUGGCGUUCUUUGGGGAGCGCAGAGUGGCGCCACCUUCUCAGCGCAGAUGGGCGACUUCAUGAAGCCAGUUGUGCACAUUGUUGAGGAACUUUUGAACAAUACUACACUGAAAGUGGGCGUAUUUUCGGGUGGCUUGGAUCUGAUUUGCGCCACGCCCGGCACCGUCAAUUUUAUUGCUGACAUGCAGUGGAUCAAUAGGACCGAAUAUUUGGCCACUCCGCGUGUGGGCAUCAAUGUGGAUGGUGUGCUCGAGGGAUACGAGAAGACUGCUGGCAACUUCAGCAUGUUCUGGAUUAAUCGCUCUGGCCACAUGGUCCCAGCUGAUAAUCCUCAAGCCAUGUCCCACAUUCUGCGCUAUUACACCAACUACGGUUAAAUAAUAUUUGUGUACACAUAAAUACAUAUGUAUGUAAUGCAAAUAAAUAUGUAUAUGUAAAUUUA